AUGGACCCGCUCUUCCCUGCCCAUAUGUUUGAAGACCCCGACCUGAGGAAGCUGCUGAACGACUCCUCCAUGCUCAACCUGAGCUUUCUGCCCAGCAACUGGUUCAACAACAGCACCGGGGACGGUUUCCUGCCGCUCAGCAUCAAGAUCACCAUCGUGGUCGUCUAUUCCAUCGUGUGCAUUGUGGGGCUGGUGGGCAACUGCUCCGUCAUGUAUGUGAUCGUCAGAUUCACCAAGAUGAAGACAGCCACCAACAUUUACAUCUUUAACCUCGCCCUGGCUGACACCCUGUGCCUGAUGACCUUGCCCUUCCAGGGAACAGACACAUUCCUGGGCUUCUGGCCCUUUGGCAAUGUCCUGUGCAAGAUUGCCAUCUCCAUUGACUACUACAACAUGUUCACCAGCACCUUCACGCUGACCAUGAUGAGCGUGGACCGCUACAUUGCCAUCUGCCACCCCAUCAAAGCCCUGGACAUCCGCACGCCCCACAAGGCCAAGGUGGUCAAUGUUUGCAUCUGGGCACUGGCUUCUGUCUUUGGCAUCCCAGCCAUGGUGAUGGGAUCUGCAGAGAACGAGAACAACGAGAUCGAUUGUCUAAUUAAGCUCCCUUCUCCCGUGGACUACUGGGAUCCAGUGUUUGGCAUCUGUGUCUUUCUCUUCUCCUUUAUGAUCCCUGUGUUGAUCAUCACCAUUUGCUACAGCCUCAUGAUCAGGCGGCUCAAGAACGUCCGUGUCCUCUCGGGCUCCAAGGAGAAGGACCGCAACCUGCGGCGCAUCACCCGCAUGGUGCUGGUGGUGGUGGCAGUCUUCAUCGUUUGCUGGACUCCCAUCCAGAUCUUCGUGCUGGUGCAGUGCUUGGGUGCCAAGGCAGAGAGCGAGCUGGAGCUGGCCAUCUCCUGCUUCUGCACCGCGCUGGGAUACGCCAACAGCAGCCUGAACCCCGUGCUCUACGCCUUCCUGGAUGAGAACUUCAAGGCGUGCUUCAAGAAGUUCUGCUUCCCCACCGCCUUCAGGACCGAGCUCCAGAUGUCCAACAGGAUGUGCAGCAUCGCCAAGGAUGUGGCCUACGCCUGCAAGAACUCAGAGGGGACUAACAAUCCGGCCUGACUAGGCAUGGAAAUCCCCAUGGUGGCUGUCGCCCAGCAGAGUCCGACCACCCCCACGUCAGAACUGACUCAGAUAACGGCCCUUUAGCAGGACCCCAAAACUGAGAGGUGAGAAACCAAGGAAACAAUUGUGGGGGUUGGGAGACCAGGAUUCUGCAAGAGCAAGCAGAGAAAGUGAGCCCGUUUGAUGCAUUUUUAAUUCCAGUGCAUCCUGCACUAAGGAAUGUGUUUGAAAUCAGUCCGCUGAUUCCUGCAAAAC